AUGGAGCCGCAAGUGCUAUACCGGGAGGUCCAGACGGUGAAAGCGGGCGGCUACGAGCGAUUCCGCAUCAAUUACACUCCGGGAACGUUCCCCGCUCCCCUGCUAUGGCUCAAGGUGAAGAACACCCAGCUGAUCGCUUUACGAGCCGCCUACCUCACGGGACCCUACGUGCUCUAUGUCGAUUGCCGCCAGGACGGAUACGACCCCAGACACAAGUGUUUCAUCACCGCCGACCAGCCCGUGUUUGAGCCCCAGUUGUUGCCGGGCCAGCUGUUUUACUGCGAGCUAAGUUGCCAUAUCAUGAAACCGCGCUACGGGUGGACGGUGGACGUCGUCAGUCAGAUCUUGUUUAAUCCCGCAGUGCUGAUUGAUAUGGAGAUCUCGAUUGGCACGUCCAAGGAGGCGCUUAAGGAUGAGUCGUCUAAAGAAAGGGGCCAUUUGGGCGAGAAGAAUGUGCUCCAUGUCGUCCACAACAACUCGCUAGACUUGUGGAACUUACCGUUGCCUGACCCUACACGUCCCAUCCACUUAGUCAUCUUGACCCACGGUCUCCAUCUGACGGCAUCGGCGGAUUUGAUGUAUUUAAAGGAACAGAUCGACACCGUGAGAAAAAAUGAUAAUCUUUGUGUUAAAGCAUAUUUUGGUAAUGUUGGUAAGACGGAGAGAGGGAUUAAGUACUUGGGAAGUCGAGUGGCCGAGUAUAUCAUCGAUUUGGUGACCACUAAUCUGAUGUUCAUGGAUAAUAAAGUGGCGAAAAUCUCAUUUGUCGGCCACUCUCUCGGUGGUUUAGUACAGACGUUUGCCAUUGCUUAUCUUCAUACCAAUUUUCCGUGGUUUUUUGAGAAGAUCACCCCGAUAAAUUUCGUUACCAUUGCCCUGCCACUCUUAGGGGUGGCCAAUGAGAACCCCAUAUACGUUAAUUUGGCGCUUAAUGCGGGCGUGGUGGGUAAAACCGGUCAGGAUUUGGGUUUGAAACAAGUGGAAUACGAUAACAAACCACUUUUACUUCUUUUACCUGGUGGUCCUACUCACCAAGUGCUUAAACGGUUUGUGCGGCGUACCGUGUAUGCCAAUGCAAUUAACGAUGGCAUUGUCCCUUUAAGAACCCUGGCACUCUUAUAUUUGGACUACGAUGAGCUUGUCGAGCUUUAUAACCAUAACGAGACCGAGGCUCGUCCCGAAGAGGAAAGCGGCGCUAAUGGCUACGAAAUCGCUAAAGUACCCAGUAACCCAAAUUCGGCAUCGGGUACGUUCUCCAUGCAACUGAUCAUUUCGUAUUUAAUGCCGCAAAAGGCGCUGUCGGAGCCUCGUUCGGGUCCCCAAGUGGAAGCAGAUAAUGGCAUAAAAACUAAAGUGGAGAACCAGUCAGGAGCAGAGAUCGAAGGCAUCCCCACUCUGUCGAUCAUCGAAUCGUUUCCUAACGUUUUACUUCCACCUUUACCGUCCAUGAGGUACAUUAAUGACCCUGAUUACCGGGAUAAUCCUAUCCUCCAUGACCGAGUCUAUGGCGAAGCCGAUUUACCUCCCGUACACAAUGACGAUGAUGAUGAUAAUCAAUCACUGGCGUCAUCGAAAAAGGGGGAGAGUGGCUAUAUCGAGCUGGCGAAACGGGAAAUGCAAAAGAUCUUGGAUAAAGUUGAUUUCAACUUGGAUGACGUUGAAGAAGCCAUUGCUCGAGAGUACCACCGCAACAUGCUGUGGCGGAAAGUGAUUGUUAAGCUUAAGCCCGAUGCCCAUAAUAAUAUCGUGGUCAGACGUCGUUUUGCCAACGCCUAUGGGUGGCCAGUGAUUGAUCACGUGGUAUCAGAACACUUUGGAAUGGUCGACUUACCCGAAGAGACUGACAUUGAAUCUGUCACUGAGGACGAAGCCGGUGAUGACGAUGACGAUAAAGAUAUCGAUAUGGAGGGCUCUGGGUUCUCGCGGAUGUUGACGCCGAUGCUUUCGCGUGAUGUCAUUGCCAAAGAGAACGACGAGAUCGACCGGAUGCUGAUUGCUAGUGAGGACGAAGAUAUCGACCACCAACAGUGGAUCAAUGCUAAAGAAGGGAAACUGUUUUUCGCUUCCGGUCCCACGGGUUUAUUAGCCGACGUAUCGGAGUUUGUUGGUCUGUUAAAAGAUGGGUGGAUCAAGGAUAAAGCACACCCGACGGACGUGACGCUGGCUCCGGAAGUGGAUGCCCCGAUCAUGGACAGUUUCGCUAAAGCUACUGCUGCGGCUCCGGUUAACGAGCCUGAAGCUACUGAGUUGACUAAACCGGAGCAAGCUCACACGACGACUAAGCCCAGUGACCUUGAGUGA